AUGCCUGAAGAAAAAUCAGUUAAAAGUGUCCAAACUUUUGGUAAAAAGAAAACCGCUACCGCUGUUGCCCACGUCAAAGAAGGUAAAGGUUUAAUUAAAGUUAACGGUGCUCCAAUCACCUUAGUUGAACCAGAAAUUUUACGUUUCAAAGUUUACGAACCAUUAAUCUUGGUUGGUUUAGACAAAUUUGCUGGUGUUGAUAUCAGAGUUAGAGUUACCGGUGGUGGUCACGUUUCUCAAGUUUACGCUAUCAGACAAGCUAUUGCCAAAGGUUUAGUUGCUUAUCAUCAAAAAUUCGUUGAUGAACAAUCUAAAAACGAAUUGAAAAAAGCUUUCACCUCAUAUGACAGAACCUUAUUGAUUGCUGAUUCAAGACAAUCAGAACCAAAGAAAUUUGGUGGUAAAGGUGCUAGAUCUAAAUUCCAAAAAUCAUACCGUUAA